CUGCCUGCUCUGUCCCCCACUAUGCAGACAGAAACCAUCGCUCGCUGGGAGAAGAAGGAGGGAGACAAGAUCAACGAGGGAGACCUGAUCGCUGAGGUGGAGACUGACAAGGCCACCGUAGGGUUUGAACUGUUGGAGGACUGUUACCUGGCUAAGAUCCUGGUAGCUGAAGGAACUGGAGUUUCCGUGGGCUCAGUCAUCUGCAUCACUGUCGACAGCGCUGAUCUGAUCCCAGCCUUUAAGGACCUGACGUUGGACAAGCUGGCUGCUUCCUCUUCCCCUUCUGCAGCUGCCACGCCCCCUCCUCUUCCUCCCACUGUCACCCCCGGCAGCUCCCUGCCCACCCACAUGAAGGUGUGUCUGCCAGCGCUGUCUCCUACUAUGACGAUGGGGACGGUGCAGCGCUGGGAGAAGAAGGUUGGAGAGAAACUCAGUGAAGGAGAUCUACUGGCAGAGAUAGAGACGGACAAGGCUACCAUCGGGUUUGAGUGCAGGGAAGAGGGUUACCUGGCCAAGAUCAUGGUGUCUGAGGGGAACGCGUGACGUUCCACUGGGCGCUCCUUCUGCAUCUCAUCGUGGAGAAGAGAGAGUGACAUCGCAGCCUUCAGCGACUACGUGAGACCGCAGGAGCUGAAGUCUCCACCCCACACCCCCGCUCCUCCCCCGCUCAGCACGACUGUAGCCCCUCCUCCUGCAGCAGCCGGCUCUAGUCCAUCCCCCGUUGCCCCGGUAACCCCAAGGAAAGGGCGUGUCUUCGCCAGCCCGCUCGCCAAGAAGCUCGCUGCCGAGAAGGGCAUUGACCUGGCCCAGGUCAACGGCUCCGGUCCUGAUGGCAGAGUCACCAAGAAAGACAUUGAGACCUUCGUCCCCCCCAAGGCUGCUCCUACCGCUCCUGUUGCUGCAGCUCCACCUUCCACGGCUGGCCCCGCCCCUACACCUGCCCCGGCUGUUGCCACGCCAACAGGCACCUUCACCGACGUCCCUAUCAGCAACAUCCGCAGGGUGAUCGCCCAGAGGUUGAUGCAGUCGAAACAGACCAUCCCCCACUACUACCUGUCUGUUGACGUCAACAUGGACCAAGUCCUGGAACUACGCAUGGAGCUCAACGCUGAGGUAAAGGCCCAGAACAUCAAGCUGAGUGUGAAUGAUUUCAUCAUUAAAGCCAGCGCUCUGGCCUGCCUCAAGGUCCCGGAAGCCAACUCCCAAUGGCUCGACUCUGUCAUCCGACAGAACCAUGUGGUGGAUGUGAGUGUGGCGGUGAGUACAGCCAAUGGUCUGAUAACUCCCAUCGUGUUCAACGCCCACACCAAAGGACUGGCUGCUAUCAGCUCUGAUGUCACAGCCCUGGCUGCCAAGGCCCGCGACGGGAAACUACAGCCACACGAGUUCCAGGGAGGCACGUUUACCAUCUCUAACCUGGGAAUGUUUGGCGUCAAGAACUUCUCAGCGAUCAUCAACCCUCCCCAGGCCUGUAUACUGGCAGUAGGAGGCUCCGAGAAGAGACUGCUGCCUGCUGACAAUGAGAAAGGGUUUGACGUGGCCAGCAUGAUGUCGGUGACGUUGAGUUGUGACCAUCGCGUGGUGGACGGAGCAGUCGGAGCUCAGUGGCUCGCAGAGUUCAGGAAGUUCCUGGAGAAGCCUGUCACCAUGCUGCUCUGAUUGGAUAACACCCUCACCAGGCCACACUGUGGUUGGCUAGAGCCGUCGCCAAGCUGAUUGGAGGAAACCUUUCAUCAUGUUUCUGUGAUUGGCUGGCCCACCACAAGGACACUUCCACUCCCCCUUAAAGGGGUGAGGCAGGACUCACUCCCCUCAGAGUAUAAGACACUUGUCCCCCCCCCCCCCCAUACUGUAUUUAUUGCCGUAGUUACAGUUUACCCAGAGGCUGUGAUGUCACUAUAACAUGUUGUUUAUAAAGGGAACUGUUACAGUUGGGAGGAGAUGGAGAAUGGCGCUAAGCGCACGUUAGCAAAGAGAGAGACCUGAAGACACACACCAGCCCUCUGAUCAGCCUGCUAUGUAGAACCAGUAUAGACACACACCAACCCCUCUGAUCAGCCUGCUAUGUAGAACCAGUAUAGACACACACCAACCCCUCUGAUCAGCCUGCUAUGUAGAACCAGUAUAGACACACACCAACCCCUCUGAUCAGCCUGCUAUGUAGAACCAGUAUAGACACACACCAGCCCUCUGAUCAGCCUGCUAUGCAGAACCAGUAUAGACACACACCAGCCCUCUGAUCAGCCUGCUAUGUAGAACCAGUAUAGACACACACCAGCCCUCUGAUCAGCCUGCUAUGUAGAACCAGUAUAGACACACACCAACCCCUCUGAUCAGCCUGCUAUGUAGAACCAGUAUAGACACACACCAACCCCUCUGAUCAGCCUGCUAUGUAGAACCAGUAUAGACACACACCAACCCCUCUGAUCAGCCUGCUAUGUAGAACCAGUAUAGACACACACCAGCCCUCUGAUCAGCCUGCUAUGUAGAACCAGUAUAGACACACACCAGCCCUCUGAUCAGCCUGCUAUGUAGAACCAGUAUAGACACACACCAGCCCUCUGAUCAGCCUGCUAUGUAGAACCAGUAUAGACACACACCAACCCCUCUGAUCAGCCUGCUAUGUAGAACCAGUAUAGACACACACCAACCCCUCUGAUCAGCCUGCUAUGUAGAACCAGUAUAGACACACACCAGCCCUCUGAUCAGCCUGCUAUGUAGAACCAGUAUAGACACACACCAGCCCUCUGAUCAGCCUGCUAUGUAGAACCAGUAUAGACACACACCAGCCCUCUGAUCAGCCUGCAAUGUAGAACCAGUAUAGACACACACCAGCCCAACCCCUCUGAUCAGCCUGCUAUGUAGAACCAGUAUAGACACACACCAGCCCUCUGAUCAGCCUGCUAUGUAGAACCAGUAUAGACACACACCAGCCCAACCCCUCUGAUCAGCCUGCUAUGUAGAACCAGUAUAGACACACACCAGCCCUCUGAUCAGCCUGCUAUGUAGAACCAGUAUAGACACACACCAACCCCUCUGAUCAGCCUGCUAUGUAGAACCAGUAUAGACACACACCAGCCCUCUGAUCACCCUGCUAUGUAGAACCAGUAUAGACACACACCAGCCCUCUGAUCAGCCUGCUAUGUAGAACCAGUAUAGACACACACCAACCCCUCUGAUCAGCCUGCUAUGUAGAACCAGUAUAGACACACACCAGCCCUCUGAUCAGCCUGCUAUGUAGAACCAGUAUAGACACACACCAGCCCCUCUGAUCAGCCUGCUAUGUAGAACCAGUAUAGACACACACCAGCCCUCUGAUCAGCCUGCUAUGUAGAACCAGUAUAGACACACACCAGCCCCUCUGAUCAGCCUGCUAUGUAGAACCAGUGGGUGUUGUGUAUGUAAAUACAAUGACAGGAGCUCUACAGCUCUGCUGGUUGUCUUCUCUCCAUGGUAGGUAAUUGAUUGAUUGAUGAAUGUCACUGAUUGGCCAGAGAGUUCAGUCACCUGUAUCAGGUCUGAAUCAGUCCCUGAUUACAGAGGAAGGAUGACAACUAGCCGUGCUGCUGAGAACAGCUGAUCUAUACGUACCUUCUAAUGAUCAGCUGAUCUACCUUAUCAUGCUCUAUGAUCAGCUGAUCUACCUUGUGAUGCUCUAUGAUCAGCUGAUCUACCUUGUGAUGCUCUAUGAUAAGCUGAUCUACCUUAUCAUGCUCUAUGAUAAGCUGAUCUACCUUGUCAUGCUCUAUGAUAAGCUGAUCUACCUUAUCAUGCUCUAUGAUAAGCUGAUCUACCUUGUGAUGCUCUAUGAUAAGCUGAUCUACCUUAUCAUGCUCUAUGAUAAGCUGAUCUACCUUGUCAUGCUCUAUGAUCAGCUGAUCUACCUUGUGAUGCUCUAUGAUCAGCUGAUCUACCUUGUCAUGCUCUAUGAUCAGCUGAUCUACCUUGUGAUGCUCUAUGAUAAGGGGUCUCCAACAGGUCAAUCUACCACUAGCUACCAGCCAACCUAUGAGUAGCUCGCCAAACUAUUCUGAAAGUACCGCAAGCUCUCAGCUACUAUCUAAUCACUGCAACAUUGACAUUAUCCCACCCCUGUUUAGCCACUAUUGAAUUAAAAAGUAUUGAUUAAAAAGCCAAACCUAA